GUUGAAUGGCUUUUUGUGGCACGGUGGCAGCAUCAAAACGAUUUUAGUCGCAGUCGCAGAGAUUUUGGUUUUUGGGGGAGGUGCGGAAAAACGCUUCUACGAUUUCUUUUUCACCAAUUCUUCAACAACAUUCAAACGAACGAACAAGUAAACAGACCUUAUAGCUGAACUCAGCGCAACCGGACGACAGGCAGGACAACCUUUAGACAUCACUGAUAGACAUUAUCGAAUCCAACGAAUCCCGAAAAUGGCCCACACACAUCUGGGACGCGCCGUGAAAAACAUCGAGGCGCCGCGCCCACUUAAGACACAGUCGCGAUCGUCGCUGAAGAACAGCUACCUGGUGAUCGAGGAGCUCAUCCAGCUGAUAGACAAUGUCACCGUGGGACUGCAGUCGUGCAACACCACGCCGGAGUCGAUCACGCUGUUGCUGCAUAACCUCCGGGUGCACGGACCGCAACUGGAGGCGGUGUCCAAGGAUACGCUGGACCGGGCCUUUGUCGUUUUCCGCAACGCUUCGCAGGACGAACGGCUGAACAUAACGACGCGCCUCAAGCUCCUCGAGCUGAUCGAGCUGCGCGCCAAGAGCUGGGACAAUGACGACACAAUCGCGUACUACAAGUCCAAGCAGCAGAUCUCCAACGUGGAGCUGCCUCCGGAAUAUCAGUACGAUGCCGGCGUGCAGCCUUUCAGCACCUCCCCCACAUUUGGCAUCAGCGGUGGUGUUGGCGGUGUUAACGUCGGAGCCGCCGCUGCCGCCGUCUUCAAUGCGGCAUCUGCAGCCGCCGCCGCCCAAGCUGCGGCCAUUGCGGCCGUGGGCUCACCCAACCAGCAGCACAUGCUGCUGCCGCCCGGUGAGGUCAUCCGCAAUUCUGGCAAGUUCCCAAAGCCGACUAAGAUCCCCGGCAAGACGUACUGCAAGGACGAGGUCGUGAUUCGCAACGCUGACUCUGGAAAAGUCAUGGGCAUCAAGGGGCGACGCGUGCACAUGAUCGAGGAACUUAGCGAAACCAUAAUAUCGUUUCAAAGAGUCAAUCCGGGCGCCAAGGAGCGUUUGGUACAGAUUACUGGUCCAGCCGAGGAUAAAAUUAACUACGCCAAACAACUGAUGGAGGACACCAUUCGCCGGAACGCCUCGCCGGUGCGGUUGGAGCCCGCCCCCGCUGCCGGAGGAUCCUGCUCCUCGCUGAACUCGUCCAACUCGGACGACGCCAUCGUGCAGCCGCGCACUCCGGGCGGCAGCAGUUUGGCCAACCGGCUGAGCUUCAACUCGGCGCAGAACUUCAUGACCGCCACCGCUGCCGCGCAGCAGAUCUCGCAGCAGGUGCACCACCACACGCAGCAGCAGCAGGUGCUCCACCAGACGCAUCAGCAGCAGCAGCAGGUCGCCGCAGUAGCCGCCGCAGCAGCAGCAGCGGCACAUGCUCAGGCGACAGCCGCUGCCGGUAAAGUCUUGCGUCCCAAUCAGCAGCUGCUAAUGCACUCAUAUUCCACAAACGAUGCUUCCGUAGGUGAAUACAAGUUCACGGUCAACGUGGGUCAGCACCUGAUCAAGAUCACAGGCGACUGCUGCGAACUAGUGCGAGUGGCCAAGCUAGUGCUCGAUGACUAUUUUAGCAGCUCGGAGUUUCUGGCCUCCAUUGAGGCUGGUGCCGCCUUCGAUGGCACUUCUCUGGUAAGCCCAGUGACCACACCGUCAACUCCUCUUCCUGGCGCCGGGCCGCCGAAUUUUUUGCUGCCUGGAACGGACAGCGGCAUAGGACUUAAUUACGUCGCCUCCUCUGCAGUCAACAACAAUGGCGAGGGCGACGACGAGGUGUUUUCAGAGCCCAGCAAUGGAGGAUCAUCAGCUAACAAUCAAAAUGGAUUGGCCAGGUCGCGGCGCAGCCACUUUUCGCGCAAGGAGUCCACCCCGGAGACCAAAGGAGCUCGCGAGAAGAUCGAUAUUGACGAGCUGGCAGGCCUUAAUCCUUUGAAGACCAAUGCAUCACGCGUCUCUUACGAUAUUGAGCACUUGAUCUACUACUCGAUGAGUCCUCACGCCUGGGCCUUGCCCACCGACUGGCAAAAGAUGCAGGAGACAACGCCCUCGAUUCUGCGCAACAAGGUAAUUCCGCCUUUCGAUGGCCCAGUCGACUAUAUAGCUUACUCUUCGAACUUACCCGACUCCAUCACCUUCACCACUGCACCUAACUCAUCCGUAACAAGAACUCCGACUGCGCCCAAAGCAAUAAAUGUAAUAACCUCCACCCCAACCACCAACAUCAUCAGCACCAACGUUGGAAUCGCUGCUGUUGAGGCAGCAGCAGACAAUCCCAUAACCGCCACUAACAAGCAAUCAAAAGGGCUCAUCGUCGAUCGCGAAACCCGUCGCCUUCCCAAGCCAUCGGCCAUGUCCGAUCGGAACCUGUACAACAAGCAAUUGCAAAUUAUAACAAAUACCGUGGGUGGAUCAUUUGGCCACCAUGGAAAGAAUCGCCCUGGUCAUCAACAUCAGGGAAGCUAUCAAACAUCCCAAGUGAAAGCUAUUUUCCAACGCUACAGCGAGGACGAUGAAUUUUCAAUGACCUCUGAAUCAGAAUCAAAUAAUAACCAAGCUUUUUUUAACUCUUAUUUCAAUUUUUCGUAUUACGUAGCCGGAAUACGUAUCGAAUAUUAUUUAAUCUUGUCCACAGAUAUGCAAUAUUUUUCUUUUCUAAUCAUCUUAAAACAGUAUUAUUGUUUUUUUCAUUUUUUACUUUAUACCAUAAAGCUUAUCAACUGUAAUAAAAAUACAGCAUGAAAAAUCUGAUAGAUAAUGAAUCGAAUAAAAGUCAUUAUCAUUAUCAUAUAGUCAUAAAGCAAAAGACAUACCAACGAAACCAAACCAAUUACCAAGUGAAAUUAUUCGCUAGUCUUAGACGUAACAAUACAUCUAAUGCAUUGAAAUUAAAAUGUAUCUAUAGGGAGAAUCUGUGUUUUGGCUGUGAAACAGAUUAAGUCUUCGCUAGAGUUAAACUUUAAACGCGGUUCGAACCGUAUAACCACUAACAAACAUUCUCGAAUUCACACCAACAUUUACAAAGCUGUAAUUAACGUUUUAAUAAGACUUAUAACAACUGUAACAAACUUAGUUUUAAGCGUUUUAUCCCCCAACACACAUAUUCAAUACGAUUUAUAAAAAAAUCUAAUAAACAUUAGGGCUUUCAAAGUCCGAAACAAAG